UGUUAACUAAAAUUCAUUUCCAAACGAUAUAUACCAUCUAGGCGCAUCUCAAUACUGCCAAAAUGCCCUCUGAACUUGAGGAUCUUGUAGGAUUUAUAAAUCAUGGCAGUACCCCUGUGCGACAACUAGCUGUCGAGAAUCUGGUGCCAUACUCUUUGAGCCAGCCGGCGAUAUUCAAGACGGACGGUCUAUUACCAGUUAAACAUCUUAAACUUUUGGUUAGAGAUUAUCCGCAAAUAGCCAAGAAUGCUCUCGACAUCCUUAUCAACCUCUCUGAUGACCAUGAGAUCCUCGAGGAUCUCUCAAAAGACAACACUCUUCUAGAUUCCCUCUUAAGUCGCCUCACGAACCCAACCGAGCCAAAUGCAAACUUAAUAGCUAUGCUUCUCGCCAACCUCGGAAAAGAAGAUAAUAUAAAGAUCCUUCUGCAGCUAGGCUGCGUAUCUCCAGAAGGUCUACGUUCCAGCGACCGCAUCAUCGACCAGCUGUUCGAUUUAUUCGUCAAAGGCGCAGAUGGGACAUACAAUAAAGAUGCCAACUUCGACUACCUCGCAUACCUCUUCGCUGACAUCGCAAAACACACUGAGGGCCGGAAGUACUUCCUGACCAAGCAAGAAUACGAUGGCGUCAUCCCAUUGACCAAGCUCACGGUCUUCACAGAACACAAGAGUGAUGUGAGGAGGAAGGGUGUCGCGAGCACGAUUAAGAACGUGGCGUUUGAGACGGACAAACACGACUUGUUUCUUGCUGAGGACCAGAUCAAUAUCUUGCCUUACCUGCUACUACCGAUCAUCGGCGGAGAAGAGUACAGCGACGAGGACCAGGAGGGCAUGCUGGAUGAUUUGCAGCUACUCCCACCUGACAAGGCGAGAGAUAGUGAUCCCGAGAUCAUUAAGGCGCACGUGGAAACACUAAUGCUGUUGACUAACAGCAGGGAGGGGAGAGACACAAUGAGGAGUAUCAAAGUCUAUCCUGUGAUCAGAGAGACACAUCUUGCUGUUGAGGAUGAGGGGGUGAGGGAGGCUUGUGAGAGGCUGGUGCAAGUGCUAAUGCGGGACGAGGAGGGACAGGAGGUGAGCGAUGGGAUGAAGCAAUUAGAGCGCACCAGCAAAAGAACGGUGCCAGCGACGAAGGGCGGCGGGUGGGCAGAUCAGGAGAGCGAAGACGAUGAUGAUGAAAUUAGAGAAGUCUAAUAGACUGAGUGAACCCAAAUAUAUCGAAAUAUAUCCACCAAUAUCCAACGCCUGACAUCUUUCAUCGUCAAUUGUCUCAAGCAUUCCUCAAUUCAUGCUCUCUCAAUGGAUGUGUUUCAGAAGUCUCAGAAAGGGGGGUACCUGCGUGUGUCACGUGAAAUGUCAUGCAACUUGUACCUUGUCGGGUCAUGCGUGCCCAACGCCAGCGACAUGGUAACAUUUCUUUCACCAAACUCAAUUGAAAGCUCGAAAUUGCCAGAUAAAGACAGAUAUUAUUGACUUAAUGUAUGUCACGUCGGACAGCUUUGAGACUUCAUAAUUGCCCUCUCCUUAGCGGCCAGGCGGUGGAGGUUGGUGCCUGGGAAGUCAUAAACAAGCCCGACCGCCCCCAUCACAACCCAGCCAUCAAUGCCUCCGUAAACAAAUUAAUUCGGUCAUGGAAUAUAUAAAAGGAUUUCUCCCGUGGCCCACCACCCCCGUCCCAGGCGUCCGCCUCUCCGCCUCCGGCCUACUCGCCCUCGCCGACCUCAGCACAAUCGCCAACCGCACCGCCAUAACCGGCACCUCAACAUGGCUCGACAUGCUUGUCCUCGCCCCCGGCCUGCACAACCAGCAGCGCGCAGACACCCUCUCUGACCUCCCAAACCCGCUCACUCAACCCCUCCUCACCACCCCCGCCC